AUGUCUGCUAAGAUACAAAAAGUAUUAGCCAGGCAGAAGGCGAAAAUCGAAGAGGGUGACUUCUACGAAGCACACCAACAACUCCUUACCAUCGCCAACCGAUAUGUCAAAUCCUCCUCCUACGCCGACGCAAUAGAGCUCCUCUCCUCGGGCGCAACUCUUCUCUUAAAAGCCGGCGCAGGCUCCUCUGGUGCCGAUCUGUGCACAUACCUCAUCGACAUUUACCAGAAAUCCGAAGUGAAGCCCGACACUGCGAAUAAGGCGAGGCUGCUCAGCUUACUACGCGCCUUCCCUCUCAACGAACCAGGGAAGAAGAAAUUCGUCGCUGGAAUCGUAGAGUGGAGUUCGAAAAAUGGCGAGUUUCCAGCAGGUGAUCCCGAAUUGCACCAUGUGAUCGGAACACUUUACGCAGAAGAGGGAGAAGUGUACGACGCAGAACGUCACCUGACGCUGGGAACAAGCGACAGUGCUGCUGUCUUUGCGGAUAUGGAAUAUAGAUGGUACGAGACGGACGAGCCGAGCACUGCAAGCCACUAUGCUGCGCGAGCUGUAUUUCCCUACCUCUUGGUCGGCAACACGAGGGCAGCGAAUAAAACCCUGCUCCUUUUCACCUCACGACUAAGCACUUCGCAUCCUGGCCUUGGAGUUCAGAGCAUAUCAAGCCCAAGCAGCGACAUCCGUAUAUAUCCAUCUCUACCUCUUCUCAACUUUCUUGGACUGCUGCUUCUCGCAAUUCAACGCGGCUCCGCCGAUCUUUUCAAGACACUCAAAUCGCACUACGGAACACAUCUCAAGGAAGUGUCGACGUGGGACGAACCCAUGUUGCAGGUCGGCGAGAUGUACUUUGGCAUCAAGAUUCCAAGCCAAAGCAAUCCGAUGAUGGACAUGAUGAGCAGCCUGCUGAUGGGAGGCAGCAAUCCCUUCGCGGCCAAGAAGCGAGAACCGCAGAGAGUGCAGGCUGCGGGAAGUGAGAAGCCGAGUGGAGCUGGAACGCCUCAGCCUCCUGCGCCGGGGGUAGAUUGA